UUCACCGAGAAUGAGUUGCUCCGAAGCAAGGAUGAGCUCAGUGCCUUGGGUGACCCUGGCCCUCAGUCUCAUUACGGUACAUUUACAGCAUUAGCAGGCAAAGUCAAGGCAGCCAGCCAACAGGGUAUAAUCACUACUGUGAUGGACAGCGUUUCAUAUGGCAAAGACUAUCAAGAUUCAGAUUUCUUGGAUUUCAUCACAAUGCCAACAGAGUUGUUUCAGGAUUUGUUCGCCGACUACACCAGUGGCCACAAGAAUUGGUCAGGGACUCCUGAUCUCAGGCGGUAUAGCUACAUGGCCCACGUUCUUGAGGUUCACGGAGGCUUCAUGGCUAGCACAACACAGGAAAAGGCACAGAUACAGACCAGCUUCGUCGAUGCAGUCGCGGCGCUGGGUAAGACUGUACAGCCUCUUCGCGUCCCUGAUCAAGACCUUCAGGCGCUCAGUCAACCUGAUGAUCCGGGCAAGUCAGACGACUCUCCACUAGCAGCCUCAAAUCGGUGGCUUGUAGAGAAAUUGAAGUCAGGCUACACUUUCCUUCCCCAUACCAAAAUCACCGGUGAAAAGGAAAAAGUGAAUGAUUUCCUGGCCACUCCUAUAGCAACAGGGCCGCGCCGUGGAAGCAGACCCCAGGUUCCAAAAUGGGGUUUCUUCUUGCGCAGUAUGGCUGUCACUGCAUUCCCCGACUUGAAAAUCGAGGUACCCCUGCCCAGCGGUAGUGAA